AAAAGAAUGCGCCGUUGCCGGGGAUCGAACCCGGGUCACCCGCGUGACAGGCGGGAAUACUUACCACUAUACUACAACGACUUGGUUGUUGAUUUAUGAAGAAAGCCUUUAAUAAAUGCAAGACGUGGAGAUUGAAAUUUGUGGAGAAAUGACUCAGGGCGUGGAGAUGCAAGACAAUAAACCCCCAGUUCAGUCCACCAUGUCUCUCUGCUACUAUACCUCCACGCUGGAGAAGGCUCUUAGGCCAUACUUCGAGCUAGACCAAGUUUUAAAAUGUGAUAGUUACAUACAGAGCAUGGUACAAAACCUUUGUAGAAUCUAAAUGGGCCUUAACUUUUUCUUAGAGAAUCUUAACAAAAGAUAAGGCCCAUUAGUUAUCUCCUCUAUGAUCGGCAAAGUAAAGUCCGAUUGUUUUCCGCCGUCGUAAGGUUACAAACUCAAGAAACCGAUUAGUUCCGAGUGUUGAAACUAUCAAAAACAAUGGAGAUUCAGAAGACUGAGGUAGCAAAGAAUCCAGAAACCGAUGAUACAAUCGAGACAACGAAGCAAAACCAAUCCGAGGAGGAAGUAGAACAUUGCGACGAAGACGAAUUGAGAAGUCUGCUGCUUUCAGAUAUAGGAGACCUUCCUCUCUCUCCACCUUCAGCUACACAAGUCAACUUCGUUUCUUACUUCAUCACAGAUUUCACUAAACCGGGUCAUGAUCAGUAUAUCUACCGUCACGCUAAUGGUUUGUGUGUGAUUGGGUUAGCUCCUACGCAUAUAGCUUUCAAGGACGAAGGUGGGAUCACUAAUAUUGAUUUCAAUGUCGGCAAGUCUGAUCGUAGCGUCUUGAAAGUCUCCGGCAAGCGUAAAAAGAAUGCUAUGCGGUCUGAAUCGAAUACAGCGUUGUGCAAAGUUUCAACUGCUAAAGAUUCUUAUAUUGUCAGGUGUUGCGUUAAAGGUUCUCUCUUGGAGGUGAAUGAGAGAUUAAUCAAGCAACCACAGCUUCUCAAUUCAUCGGCUGAUCGGGAAGGGUAUAUUGCGAUAAUCAUGCCAACAAGACCUGCAGAUUGGACCAAAAACAAGGAAUCACUGAUAACCUUGGAGGAGUAUAAAGCAAAGAAAGAGGUGUCUCUAUGAUACAGUUUGCUGUAAGCCUGUAACCAAACAACGGUUGAUUUCUUUAGAAGUCAUGUUUGCUCUCAAGAUUAUGGUUAGGCUCAAGUCUGGUUAGCUAAACAACUUUGGAGGUUUAUCUAGAGUAUUCAUAAAGCUAUUGUGUUGUGUAUUAACUUUUUCUGGCAACACUUUUGAAAGCAAAGAUCAUUUUGGACUAUGUACUAUGAUGUUUUUCAUGAACCACAGGUUACAAAAUUAAAUAAGGUUUUGCAUUGUUUGACAACUGGCAUGCAAUAUUACAAUAAUAAUUACAAUCAAUAUACACAACACUAAACAUCAAUCCGUUGUCGUCCAGCGGUUAGGAUAUCUGGCUUUCACCCAGGAGACCCGGGUUCGAUUACCGGCAACGGAGCUUUUUGUGCUAACAUCAAUCCGUUUUUUUUUUGUUCUAAGCAGUGUUAUUUUCUUGGUCAAGCGAAAGAAACCACAAAACAUUUAUAGUUACGGACAACGUCCCUUUGUUCUGCUGCUUCUGCAUCUAAAAUUUAUAUCAGCCCAAAAGAAUUACUGUCUUCAGUUGAUUUGAUCAAGAUUUUACUUGUAACAAGUUCGUGGAUUACUUAAAAGGGGCUUUUGUUCUAGAGAUGUUCUGGAGAGUCUAGCUUUCAUGUCUCUUGAAUUGUGUCAGCUGUGCAUUAGUGUUUAUACUAUCUGAAUCAUGGGAAUUCAUGCUUACUAUUUUUGCCAUCAACUAGAGAGUGUCGAAUGAUUCAUGUUCACUUGCUCUAUAGAUGUUAUCAGUGAAGUCUCAGCAAAAGGAUGAAUGUGAUUCUUCUACUCUCUUAUGUAAUGUUAUGCAGUGUUUCUGUGCGUGCAUUUGGGUUAAUGGAAAAUCAAGAUAACUAGUUAACAACAAGUGCCCGCAGGAUGGACUCUACUUGUAUGGAAGUACAAUACAAUAAGCGACAGAUUUGGUUAUUUAUCACUCCGUUUGCAGUUAUUUGAGACCAUAGACAAAGAACAACCGAACCAUUUUAGAUGUUCUUGGCUCUCAAGGUAACCUACUGUGUGGUUUGGAGGCUGAAUAUGACGGCGCAAGUGGUGUGAGCUAACUACAUGUUCUUCUUUACCGUUUUCAUCUUCUCCAUCUUUGUUUCUUCUUCUUUACAUCGUGGACCUAAUCAAAAGCUAUAUAUCUCGGCUCUGACGAUUAUUAUGGGGGCUUAACUAAGAUUUGGGAAGCCAGGCUGAGUGCUUUGACAAGUAUAUUCUCAUUGUCAGCAUAACUACUAGACUGCCAUUAUAUGAUCUCACUAGACAGAGUAAUGCUUCAGUUAAUGUAGUGAAGCAGGACUUGUUAUCUUCUGGUGAAUUCAUCCAUUGAAGAAGAGACGAACAGGUCACAAAAUGAGCAGUAAAUCAGAUCAACAAAGAAACAUGUGUAAGACGGGAGAUGAAAUGAACAAGAUCAUGAUAUUUGCAAGGCAAACCAACCUCACUCUUUAAGAAAUGAAAAGCACAAAUCCAACAUUGGUACUUAAUAGUCAUGAAGUUCAAAAGGAAAAUAGCAGAGAAACAAAGUCAUCAUCAUCCACACUGAUCAUCCACGGAGAUAAAAAAAAAAAA